GUGACCCAGGCUAUGACCAUGAUGGGGCCUGUGGGCAGUCGUCGCACGCCCUUCAGCGGGGCGGACCUCAGCUCGGCGACUCCGUGGACGAGACGUUUCUCGGCUCCUCGUCCCUGCUCGUGCCCGACUUGCGGGGCGAGGUCGACAGCGCCGUGGGCACCUUCCUGGAGCUGGAGGGCCCCUCUGGACGUCUUUGGCAACGGUUCCUCUCGGACCACGACACCUUCUUUGUCAGCGGGGACACCUCCAUAGGGACGCACGGACAAUCUCGCAGGAUCGACUUCUUCUACGCCCCGUCCGCCAUGGCCCCCAUGGGAGCAGGUCACCGCCUCAACAUAUUGCACGAUCGAGACCACCGCUCCUUCUACGCGGGCGACAUCUUCAAGGCCCACGCGCUGCACACUUGGGACUACGACGCGAUCAUGCUUCGUCGGGAGGGCGCCCUGGCCCUGAAGACGCGCGACCUGCAGCAGGCGGUCACGUUCCUCCCCAAGAUGGUGCGCCUGCACGCCCCGUUGCUCAGGGACCUAGCGGACUCGGAAUGGAUCAGCAUCGUUACCACGCCCACGGCCACUACGAUCGUCGCAGCUCGGGAAGCGGGCAAGAUGUACGCAGAGGCGGCGCAGUCCCCCGAGGCGAAGCUGCGCACGCGCCACAACGACCAGUACACCCGGAUGCAGUUCGCUAGUGCGGACCAGGUCACACGGAAGAGCGUCAACCCAGACGGCCCUCGGGAGAUUUGUCUCGACGCUAUGGGCGGCCGCCAGAAGAUGGGGACGGGCCACCUGGAAUCGAUGGCCCAGAAAAUGCCAGACAAGAACCGCCAGAUCCACUACGGCCAGAAGGGCUGA